UAAGAGGACGAGGGCGGCUGUCCGUGACUCUGGGGUCUAAGAAGCAGGAGAACGAGCGUUCCUUAAAAGGGAGAACGCACCUCCGCACUGUCCGUGCAGCCUAGACUCCUCUUCCCCUUCUCGUCAGGGAUAUGUAAAGGGUAUCCUGGGGCGGGGGAAACCACAUGGACGGUCCCGCCUCUUCCUGAGGGCGGGGACGUGGUGCCGGAAGUGGGUGGGGUAACAUGGCGGCGUUUCCGGCAGGCCCCGGCUACUGAAAGCCGGGGCGGCGGCGUUUGUCCGGGUCCGGUUCCUGUCCCGGUCCCGCAAAGGCGGCGACCGCGGUGGGAGGAAGGAGGUGUGGGACGCGCUGGCCCACCGCCGCUAUACGCUGCAGCUCUGUCUCGACUCAAAAUGAACUAUAUGCCUGGCACCGCCAGCCUCAUCGAGGACAUCGACAAAAAGCACUUGGUCCUGCUUCGAGAUGGAAGGACACUCAUAGGAUUUUUGAGAAGCAUUGAUCAAUUUGCUAACUUAGUGCUACAUCAGACUGUGGAGCGUAUUCAUGUGGGCAAAAAAUACGGUGAUAUUCCUCGAGGGAUUUUUGUGGUCAGAGGAGAAAAUGUGGUCCUGCUAGGAGAAAUAGACUUAGAAAAGGAGAGUGACACACCUCUCCAGCAAGUGUCUAUUGAGGAAAUCUUAGAAGAACAGAGGGUGGAACAGCAGACCAAGCUGGAAGCCGAGAAGCUGAAAGUCCAGGCCCUGAAGGACCGAGGCCUGUCCAUCCCUCGGGCAGAUACUCUCGAUGAGUAUUAAGUCUUCUGCUCAGAGACUGUCGCUCCUGAGGAGCAGGGCUGUCACUAAACGAAGUGACAGCCUGGUCACCUCACACAUGUGAUGAGAGACUCUAUAGAGUUUUGAAAAGUCAUUUUUGUUUUGAAUUCUUUCACAGAUGCAACAUGAAGAAAUCAUGUGUUGUGUUCUGUGUGUGGGGGUUUUUGUUUUUUUUUUUUUUUUUCAUUUUAAUUACAAAAUCAUCGUUUAAAGAAACAGUGGCAUGGACUCCUCUCACUCAUCACUGUGGAGCCAGCAGCUACUUCUUUACAUUGCUCUUCUCACCCCAAAUGAGUGGCUACAGGGGACAGUCUUCAUUUACUUGUAAAUAAAACUCGAAUCUCAAAAUUG